CCUUUGAUUACAAAAAUUAGGUUACACUGUGAUUUUGAAAUGAUUUGAUUUGAUUGUCGUUCUUUUAAGAAAAUGGAUGAAUCUUCUAAAAAAACGCUAAGCUCAAUUCCGCUUUUGAAAACAAAAGCUGGUCCGCGAGACAAAGACUUAUGGCCUCAAAGACUAAAAGAGGAGUAUCAAGCUUUAAUCCAGUAUGUUCAGAACAACAAAUCUGCUGACAAUGACUGGUUUAGGCUGGAAUCCAAUAAAGAGGGUACGAGAUGGUUUGGAAAGUGCUGGUAUAUCCACAAUCUUCUUAAAUAUGAGUUUGACAUUGAAUUUGACAUUCCUGUAACGUACCCAGCAACUGCUGUAGAGAUCGCAUUGCCUGAGUUGGAUGGAAAAACCGCCAAGAUGUACCGAGGAGGGAAGAUUUGCCUUUCCGAUCAUUUCAAGCCGCUGUGGGCGAGGAAUGUGCCUAAGUUUGGAAUUGCACAUGCCAUGGCGCUGGGGUUGGGACCCUGGCUUGCUGUGGAGAUUCCAGAUUUGAUUGAAAAGGGUAUCAUCUCGUACAAGGAAAAGACCUCAGAAUAAAACUUCCGUGAAUAAAGCUAUAUAUAUUGUUUAUACUUUUACAAUUAUUAUUACACAAAUUUUAACUAUUUUUCAA